CAUAAAGGCAAAGAGAGACCCACAAGUUAUCGUUGUGAUCACUGCAAGAAAGUCCUCACCACUUCAUCAGGUCUGAGAAAACAUAAGAUGAUUCACACUGGAGAUAAACCGUUCACUUGUGAUCAGUGUGGAGCAGCUUUUACUCUGUCAGGUAAUCUAAGGACUCACCAACGUAUUCACACUGGAGAUAAACCGUUUAGGUGUGAUCAGUGUGGAGCAGCUUUUACUGAGUCAGGAAAGCUAAAGAUUCACCAGCGUACUCACACUGGAGAAAAACCAUUUAGGUGUGAUCAGUGUGGAGCAGCUUUUACCGCAUCAGGUAGUCUAAAGAUUCACCAACGUGUUCACACUGGAGAUAAACCGUUCACUUGUGAUCAGUGUGGAGCAGCUUUUACCCAACGAGGUAGUCUAAGGACUCACCAACGUAUUCACACUGGAGAUAAACCGUUUAGGUGUGAUCAGUGUGGAGCAGCUUUUACCCGACAAAGUCAUCUAAGGACUCACCAACGUAUUCACUCUGGAGAUAAACCGUUCACUUGUGAUCAGUGUGGAGCAGCUUUUACCCAACAAGGUAGUCUAAGGACUCACCAACGUGUUCACACUGGAGAAAAACCGUUUAGGUGUGAUCAGUGUGGAGCAGCUUUUACCACAUCAAGUCAGCUAAAGAAGCACCAACGUACUCACACUGGAGAAAAACCGUUUAGGUGUGAUCAGUGUGGAACAGCUUUUACCACAUCAGGUAGUCUAAAGAUUCACCAACGUAUUCACACUGGAGAUAAACCGUUCACUUGUGAUCAGUGUGGAGCAGCUUUUAGCACAUCAGGUAAUCUAAAGAUUCACCAACGUAUUCACACUGGAGAUAAACCGUUCAGAUGUGAUCAGUGUGGAGCAGCUUUUACUGAGUCAGGAACGCUAAAGAUUCACCAACGCAUUCACACUGGAGAUAAACCGUUCAGAUGUGAUCAGUGUGGAGCAUCUUUUACCCAACAAAGUCAUCUAAGGACUCACCAACGUAUUCACACUGGAGAUAAACCGUUUAGGUGUGAUCAGUGUGGAGCAGCUUUUACCACAUCAGGUAAUCUAAAGAUUCACCAACGUAUUCACACUGGAGAUAAACCGUUUAGGUGUGAUCAGUGUGGAGCAUCUUUUACCCAACAAAGUCAGCUAAAGAAGCACCAACAUACUCACACGAGUGAUAAACUCUAAAGAUGUGAUCAGUGUGAAGUGUGGAAUUGCAAAAAACACCUCAGCACAGCAAAAAAAGCAAAAUAAUCAGACAACGUCAUACCUAAAACUUGAAAGACUAACAUAUGAUGCCCCCUGGACACCUCCUGGGAAGGUGUUCCUGGCAUGUCCCACUAGGAGAAGAUCCAGGCCACA